AGACACUUCUUUUUCGGAAAUCAGAAGACAUGUGUGAUAUCUACUGACGAUACAUGUUUUCUUUCCAUAGUUUACACCUCUAUUGUUAGAAACCAUCGGGGAGUAUAUAUACAUCUUGAGCGUUCAUCAUAAGAACUGCAACCUUCUCGUAUCAUAAAGUCAUAUUGGAUUUCCCUCGGACUUGGUUUUAGUAUACCUGAGCUAGUUUCUGAGUUAGUCCAGAUUGGAUAUUUACAAAACAAUUCUACCAAUUUGAGCCUCAAAACAUGCGAGUAUAAUUUCUCCUUCCUUGUCUGCAUAGUGGACGCUUUCUUCACUUCAGAUAACAAAUUUGAAUUGUCAAACUUUGCACAGUGAUCUACAGAAUACGUUUAUAUCCGCAAUUCAAGAUCUGUGAUUAUAGAAAGGACACUUGAUAACUUCUUUGUUUUUUGUUUGUUUGGGGUUUUGGGGGAGUUUUUUUUAAGAGUAUUGCGCUUUUGAACAAGGAACAAGAUCAGAAUAUUUGUUUUAAUCAUGGAGUUUCAUCGCCACCUUCCAAGACCAUCAAUAAUUCGAUUUUUAAUUUGUGGAAUUUUCUUCAUUUUAUGCAAUGGAGCAAAUAGUCAGAAUGUUAUCUGCAAUUCUGCGGAUUCGGCUACAUCUAACACCUUUAACACAUACAACGUUACUGUUCCUGGGACUGACAGCCCAAUAUUGAUCUACGACCCCGCAGAAUACGGUCCAAACAUGAGGUUACCGGUUGGAACUACCGAGGUUACAGUGACCGCUUACAUGACGUCAUCGACUCCUAUUGGAAACUGUACAUUUAACAUUACUGUUAGUUUGGAUGAGCUUCCUAUUGCUUGUCCUGCAACAAAUGACAUCGAGCAAACAGAUCCAGGCGAAUCAACUUUUCAGUUCCAGAUCAACUCUCUAGACUCUCUUCCGGGAUUUGACUACGCUUCAAUUUCGCCAAAUUUUGUACAAAAACAACCAUCGACGAACACGAGCGGAGUGGUCAAUGACCGUUUUCCUGUCGGCAUCCAUGCUGUCAGCUUACUCUUCUUCGAUAAUUACCUAACUAAACAGUGCAACUUUACUCUUAUAGUCGUCGAUGUAGAACCACCAACGGUCACUUGCCCAGACGAUAUCUUAGCUACCACCACGAACGUCAUCACAUACACACCUACAGGAAUAACAGACAACGUUCCCGAUCCCGAUACUCUACAUAGCUCCAUCACCUUUAGUCCCGUCACUCUAUCACCUGGCUCCCGAUUCCCGAUAGGGAAUUCUACUGUUACUAUUUCCGUUACCGAUGGAGCAGGGAAUCAGGGCGAUUGCAGUUUCAACGUCAAUGUAGCAUUACAAGAGCUACCAAUCACCUGUCCUGCGCGAUUGGAUCUAACAGUGGAGACUGAUCGUGGUCAACCUUACUUCACUUACCAUGAUCCAUUAUUCAACAUCUCUUAUUCUACAACCUAUAUACCAUAUGAGAAUAUUACCAUGGUGAGAAAUUACGGUGGAAGUGUGAACAGUCCUCAGCUGGCCAUCUCAACUCAAGAUCAAUAUGUCUUUCUUACGAUAUCAGACGGGAUGUUGUCUAAGACUUGUAUAGAAGCAAGUGUUCAAGUGGAAGAUCGAGAACCUCCUGUGAUCGUUUGCCCAGAUGACAUCUACCAAACUAACACUUCAAUUGGUUCUAAUUUCCAACCAACCUUUUUUGAUAAUUCCGGUAGUUCUUUAGAUUCUGCGAUCAUUCCCUUACCACAUGGAAUAUUUUCAGUAGGAACAACAAACUAUACCUUUAUUAUAUCCGAUAGAAGUGGAAACAAUGCGUCGUGUUCGUUCAACGUUACUGUCGAAAUUGUCCCGGAAUCAACGACUGCCUCAACUGAAGAGUCUACCAAUGUGAUGGAGACAACAGUGGGUAACGAUGACCAGAGGAUGACCAAUUAUUUACCCAUUAUCAUCGGGUGUUCCGUAGCAGCUGGUGUCAUUCUCAUCAUCAUCAUCAUUCUAGUUGUCAUCUGCAGCACUCCAAGUAGAAGAAGAAUAUUUGGGAUUGGACCUAAGGAACCCAGUAAGAUCAAACACGUUGGGGCGAGCAGACAUGGUGUCGCGACCGAUUCUGUUCUAUUAAACGACCACCUCGAGUCAAGCAAAAGUAACAUAUAUGAAAGCACUGAUAUCGAUGUCGAGAUGGUUGAUACUCCAAGUGGAGCUGGAUUGCAAGAAACCAAUGGAUCACACCUCAACCACGCUUAUGACAUGACGGAUGAGAUGAUGGGGAGGUCGAGCUUAUGAGUCUUGGACAUCGAAGACGAUAUCAUCCUCCUUUCAAUUAAGAAUGUGCAUCCAACCUAACUUAUUAUUUUUUAAUAAACCAAAUCCCCGGAUGCACUCGCAGCUUCUUCUUUUUAAAAAACUGUAUUAUAAUUUAAUAGUUUUUCUUUAAAAUCUCUCAGAAGAAACUAUAUGGUAUUAUAAAAGAGAUCUAACCAUCAAUGAUACCGCCAAACAAAGAGGAAGGGGUAAAGUUCCACGGCCAAGAAAAAAAAUGGGAGAAAUGGGGGAAGGAGAGGAAAGAAGGUGAAAUAUAUUAGUUGUUGAAUAUUAUCUAAAAAUCUAUUAUAAAAUUAAAUUUUCAUUUUCCCACAUGCUGUGUACCCCUAAAAUCUUUGGCUCACAUACGCCACUGAUCUAGGUGAAAUGUGAAAUUUUGCUAUAUGGCAUGUUUUUGAGCGAUCACUUAUUCCACAUGUUCCAUCCAUUGCAACUCCCCGUCAAUCAUGAAUCCAAUGUACUUAGCCAUUUUUUCUCUUUUCAGACGAUUGUCAUUUAGUGUGACAAAAGAAAACCUUUUCUCCAUUAAGGAUUAAUUGUUGUCCAAUGAACCCCACAAAAGUUCAUUUCACUAUUCUAAUUCAUUACUAGAUUAUAAUGGUCUGCCCUGUUAUGAUGUAAAGAAAAUGAAAUAAAAUGUGUUUUAUUUAAUAAAUUAACAGACUUUACUAUCAAAGUUAAUUUCGAUCGUGUGCAUAUGUAUUUUUCUGUUGUUUAUAUAACAUCCCUUUUAAAAAUAGGGAAGACUUAAAAUACUAGGAUCCUUUACAGUAUAUUUCUAAUAAUUUGAACAAUAGUUGUUUAGAAGGUUAUUUUAAAAAAAAGCAUUACCGAGACAGGGUACUAGAUGCCAAUUUUAAGUAUAACGGCUGAAAAAAUAUAUUGAUCACUAAACUAUUCUAAGAUGGGAAUAUUAGAUAAUAUCAAAUUUAUUAUUUCUUAAUACUCUAGUUAAAAAAACUACAUGAUCCUUUGUAAUAUGUUUAGACAAGCUUUUAAACUUAAACAUUGCACUCUAGCUCAACUCACUUUAUAUUGUCAUAACAGUACGUGUUUACAGGCCUUGUAUUACCACUCUCAGUUGUAGCUCCUAUAUUUGUAUAUGAGUUUGAGUUUGAGUUUAUUCAUUUACUUAACAACAAUAAAAAUAACGAUAACAAUGUGUUAACAUCACAGCACAAACGUUACUAUUCUAGUAUACAGAUGUAAUUGCUAACAUUAUAAAGGAUAAAAUGAGAAUACAAACAAUAAAUCUGAAUACAUAAAAUGUGACGUGCGUGUAUAAACCUAAAACAAAUGUGUUAACAUUUUUAAAGAUCCCAGUCACAGUUUCCAAUAUUGAUAAUCUAACAAUAAGAUACGUAUAUAGUUGAAUGUUGUUGUUGAGAAGGAACCAGAAGGUAGCACAAGUAUAUCGUUCAUAAGUUUAUGAAAUAUAUCAAUUUGUAUGACUGCAAAGACUAGGGAUGAAUGCAUUUAUGUCAAAUGUUCCUAAUGGUCAUGCUGACGUGAUGUGUGUACAAAUCAAAACAGAAAAUGUGUAUUUGUAAUAUUCUGUUUUCAUAUUUUAUUUGCAAACCCUUCUGCUCAAUGCUUAGUCCAGUCGGCAUGUAAAAUCUAUUUCAUCCAUUUAAUUAGUAUUUUGUUGAUCAAUAGAUUUUUUUCAAAUAUAUAGUCAAUGAUAAAUUGUAUGAUGUGUAUAAUAAUGUAUGUUUUUUUUAUUGUAUGAUGUAAUACCCGACUAACGUUGAGAGAGAGAGAGAGAGAGUACCAAAAAAGUGAUAGUGUAGAAGAUAUGAGCCUGAAGUUAAUGAUCGUUUUAGCCUACGAUUCGCAUUCAUGCAUCUUCUUCAUAUGUCAUUGUACAGUAGAUCCAUGAUUUGAACAUUGUCAAUAUACUAAUAAGGUAUGCACGCAAAUCCUUUGGUUUCUAAUGACGUUGUGUGUUUAGGGGAUUUUUUAACUGUGGUCUGGCUUGAAAUGCAUGCAAUUAACUCUUUGCUAUUGAAAGUUACAAAUGUCGAUUUUUAUUUACUGAAAGAAUUGACUAUCAAUUCUUUAUUCAAGUACAAAAAGGUUAACCUAUUAUUUUGUUGCUAUAAGUAUUGAAAUUGGGAUGUUGUUUUCAUUUCCUUACUAUAUCCCGAUAAAAUAUGUAUCCGAUUAAUUUCCAAUUCGUCCUAUUGCCCACUCGUUUACUAUCAUUUGGUCUACCAUCAGUUCGUCCACUAUCCAUAUGGUUCAAAUGCCAUUUCGUCCAAUUACCAUUUCGUCUACUAACCAGUUGGUCCAAUAGCCAUUUAGUCCAUAUACCAUUUGGUCCAAUUGGACCAAGUGUUAAUUGUGCGAAGUGAAUGAAAAUGAAAUGGAUAUGGUUAUGAGAAGAAAUGGUCAUAGACGAAAUGUUGAUUAGACAAAGUGAUGAUUGGACCAAAUGGCUGGUAGACGAAAUGUUGAUGGACGGACUGGCAUUAGACUAAAUGAAAGCAGACAUUUGUUGAGUGGACGAGUUGGCAAUAGACGAAUUGGCAAUUAACCUAUAAUCCUGGCUAUGACUCUUCCAUGAUUCAAUUUUUUCUCUGUUGCCUCCGAUACUUUUUGUUUGUAUGAUUUUAUUCUGGAACUUAUGAUAUCUGUAUUCCAAAAUUUAUCUGUGAGUUAUUUAUAUUGAUCGUCAUGCAUCUAAAUUAUUUGAACAUGAUUAACUGCAUUAAAGUGUAAAUUCUACUCAUUGUUAUAUUUGGGCGUUGUGGCGUGCGCCUGUAAUCCAAGCUGUGGGGAAGUUACAAAUUGAUGCAGAGGAUCGAGGUUCGAGCCCUGGUCACGUCUUUCGGAUGGUGACGUUAAAGGUCGGUCCCAGACGUAAAUAAUCAUAUCUGAUUGAUACACGUCUGACAAAACUCAAAUACACACGAUCUAUAAUUGGCAGCUGUAAAAUGUGUAUGUUUUUUAUUCUUUAUAUAGGCCUACAUGUAUGUAGAAGUAUUUUUAUGCAUAUUUUAGCCCUAGAUGCUAACCAUGUGAAUUCUUAAUAAAUUAUUACUCUUUGUAUACCUUUC